UACUCACCCCCUCCCAUUAACAGCUUUACCACUAACCCUAGUUAACAUUCACUAACCAUGGUUAAGUUAACCCUCUAUUAAACUCUGCUGCAGGUCUGCAAAACAAGUAACAUCCCACUCACACUCACACAACACACUUUAGCUCCAGUUAGCACUCUUUUGCUACAGUGCGCCACCAUGAGCGCAUUACGCUUCAUCUUCCUCAUCGCCACCAUUCUCACCGUCAUGACCGUCGUAACCGCUCACAACAUCACCGCUAUCCUAUCGGAGUUUCCUGAAUACAGCGAGUUCAACCACUACCUCUCGGAGACAAAACUCGACGACGAAAUCAACAGCCGCGAAACAAUAACCGUUCUUGUUCUAAACAACGGCGUCGUUUCGUCGCUCGCCGGAAAACAUCCGCUCUCCGUAAUCAAAGGCGUGUUGAGCCUCCAUAUUUUGCUUGAUUACUACGAUAACAAAAAGCUUCACGCUAUCUCCGACGGCACAACGCUGUCCACGACGUUGUUUCAGACUACCGGAAAUGCACCAGGUGACGUCGGAUUUGUUAAUAUUACAGAUCUGAAAGGCGGUAAGGUCGGCUUCGGCUCGGCUGUUGCCGGCUCGAAGCUUGAUUCAACGUACACGAAAUCUGUUAAACAAAUUCCGUAUAAUAUCUCCGUUUUGGAGAUUAACGAGCCGAUUAUCGCGCCGGGGAUAUUAACCGCGCCGGCUCCUUCGGCUGAUGUUAAUAUCACCGGUUUGUUAGAGAAAGCAGGCUGUAAGACGUUUGUGAAGCUUAUUACUGAGACAGGUGUGUUGAAGGUUUACCAGUUAGCAGCGGCGAAAGGAUUGACGGUGUUUGCACCGAACGAUGAGGCGUUUAAGGCCGCCGGUGUACCGGAUCUGAGUCAGCUGUCGAAUGCAGAGCUGGUGGCGCUGUUGCAGUACCACGCACUUGCGAGUUACACUCCGAAAGGUUCGUUGAAAACAACAAAGGAUCCGUUGAGUACACUUGCGACGAACGGUGCCGGAAAGUACGACCUGACGGUUGAGACCGCCGGAGAUUCUGUUACGCUAGAUUCCGGCGUCGGAACUUCACGGGUAGCUAGUACUGUUCUUGAUUCGACGCCGUUGUGCAUUUUCACCGUCGAUAAUGUACUUCUUCCGACCGAAUUGUUCGGUAAAUCUCCGUCUCCGGCACCGUCGCUUUCGCCAGACGUUUCACCGGCUUCAGCGCCGGCACCGGAUGUUUUGUCACCGGAACCUGCGGCGGCGCCUUCGCCGUUUCUUUCUCCUCCGGCUCCUCCGACUGAAGCUCCGGCCGGUGGUCCUGCUCCGUCUGAUGGACCUACUGCUGACUCUGAGAACAGUAACGCCAACACCAACGGCGUUGACGGCGUUAGAGCUCUGACAUUGACGACGUUAGGUUUAGUUGCCACGUCAGUGUCGGUUAUGAUUUCGUUCGUUUUGUGUUAAAACGGUUUUUAAGUUUAUGCGUUUUCUGUUUUGGUUUAAUUUUGGAUUUAUGUCUAGAUUAUUGGUUAGGGUUUUUCUUUUUUUAAAUUUAAGUUAUGUAAGAUGCGCAUUUUAGCGGGAGGCGGUGUAAUAGUGUUGUUAUUUGCGCAUGUGACUUUGAGUGAUUUGAGAGCAACACUGAUUACCGAGAAAAAAAGCUUUGGGUUGAUUCAAGCUUUUGUUUUCUUUUAUUUGGUUUUAAAUGUUAUUAUUAUAUUUGGAGAA